GCUACCUUUACGCUUUGCCCCUUUCUCUCUCUCUCUCUCCCUCUCGCAGGUCGACGACUAUCUCCCAACCCACGCUCCCUGUUUCGCGACAAACACCUGAUCCAAUAAACACACCGUCGUUUCUUGUUUAUCUCCACGCUCCCUUUUCCGCACACAACACAGCUAACUCUGCUCGCCAGGAUGAAGCUCUCGCUCCUCGCCUCGCUCCUCGCAGUCUCGACACUGGCGGCCGCCUCGAUGGAGCCCGGCCGGUCCUCUGUCAAGGCGCGGCACGGCAGCAUGAUGCGCCGGCUCAAGGACAGCGUCCUGGGCACCGAUUCCGGCCUGGCCAAGCGCGGCACCUCGGGCCGUGCCACCUUCUACGACGUGGGUGAAGGCGCAUGUGGAAGCUACAACACGGCCAACCAAAAGGUUGUCGCGCUCAACGUUGCCCAGUACGGCGACGAAAACUCGGUCUCAAAGUACUGCUUCAAGAACAUCGAAAUCACCUACCAGGGCAAGACGGAGACGGCCCAGAUCGUCGACUGCUGCCCCACGUGCCCCUAUGGUGGUCUGGACAUGAGCCGGGGCCUGUUUGGCUCCCUGGCCGACUUCAGCCUCGGUGUCUUCCAGAUGUCGUGGAACUUUGUCGGCGAGGACGACGACGAGGAGUCGACGAGCAGCACCAAGAAGACGACGCACUCGCACUACACGCCCACGACGACGGCAAAGAAGAUCAAGGCGACCACGUCGUCGUCCAGCAGCUCAAGCAGCUCCUCGUCCAGCAGCAGCGCUUCCACCCAGCUCCUCGUCCUCGCGACACCCACCGCGACGGCCUCGAGCUCGUCGUCGUCCUCGGCCGCACCCACAUCAACGCAGGCCAACAACUUGCAAGGCUUGAGUCAGGUCAUUCAGGGCCUCCAGGACAUUGCCCAGGGCGCCCACCAGUAGGCUGUCUCGCCUGAAUGUCCUUUCUCUGUCUCCUUUUCGGGCCUUUGCUUUCUCUCUACUUUCCCACCCGCGUAAUGGUCUUACUUGCCUCUCUGCAUCUUGGCUUCAUACACUUCAGACAUGGUUUUUUUCUCUAGCUAUCUAUUUCGCAGCAUCUAUCUCCAUCUCCUUUUUUGUUCUUCUCUUCUUUUUCUGUACUAGCUCUCCAUUACCCAAAUCCCGCCCUUUGUGUCCUCCUGUUCCUCUGC